CUCUACGCGACGCGUAUAACAGUACCUCCACGUUAUGCUAAAUAUCUACGCCCACCUUAUUAGCGUUCCUGGCAAACGGCAUCCUUAUCCCAUACUGGGACUGUUUUCUAACUAAGUAUUAUGAUACUCCUUGAAUUCUAUAAAGAGACUAGUUGGAACUCCGUAUAAAGUUUUUAUCCAGUUUUUCUCUACCUAGUACAACCAUAAAGCGAUCAGGAUGCAACUGCUCUUACAGAAUGUAAGAGACGUUCUUAUCGGUCAAGGUCGUAUGCGUUUUUCCAGAAUGGUCUCCCAAGGAAGGAGAUAUAGGAAGGGGCAAGAAUGUGGAACGUUAACCUGGCCGAGUGAGGAAGCCAGAGUGAAGAACCGGGUGAAGGUAGGAGUUGCUCACGGAAGCGUUAUUCGUUGCUUCAAGAACGUUAGUUUCAGUUAGUUUCCACGAGACCGUCGUACUACCAGGACACACAAGACUAUCUCUUAAUCAUCAAGCAUCCUGACCUACUAGCACCAUGGAAUUUCGUACCUUUAUUAUGAUGCUUUUGUGCGCGUGCACCCUUGCGGAGGAACUGCGUACCAAGGAUGGUAAUUCUCAGGGUGAUAACGAGGAAGUCGAACCUCCUGAAGGAUAUUAUGCCUUUGUAGAAUCACCUAAUGCCGAACCUCCAAAAGUUCGACCACCGCCGUACAUUGACAGCGAUAAAGAAUGCUAUGAUACUGGAAAGCAGGGACAAGGAUUCGUGUCUGUUCAUAAUAUUUGUGGAGACUUAAACAAAGGAUAUAUCCCACGUAAUCCAAUGAAGCAAAAUAUUGACAGGCAGUCUUAUCCAUUUGAAUUAUUGAGAAAUCACACGUUGAAAUUCCUGAGCAAGGCUCUACCCAUACUGAAGGCUGAUGAUUCCUUGCCAAAAGUCGCCAAAGUCCAACCGUUUUCACAAAAUUCCGUGGAUACGGACGAGAAACGAAGUAGAAGUAAAAGAGAAACUUCGUCUCCAGAGAAUAGUGUAACGGAUGCGAUUCGCAGUCCACGAAAAUUCUGCGAAAAUGGUGGUGGAGUAAUGUGUAUGCUGUAUAAAGCUAUUCAGGGCGAACCCUUAGCCAGUUCGCCAGCGGAACGUCGUGACGAUCCCCCAACUUUGGAAUAUCGACAACGUACGCCAUCCUCUGGUUCAACCAUCCAACAAUCAUCACCAGGUCAUCCUCCAGUACAACAGUAUCCAGCAACAGUUCCAGAAAAGUCUGAAUAUUCUGGACCACCGACUCCCUGUCCAGCUAAAGUUGAAUACGCUACUCCUGUUUUUGCUAAAAACUAUCAGGGCGUCUGGCGAUACGUUGUGCAGAUACCCUAUGAGGGAUACUUUACCCAAACUAUUGAAGUCACUAGAUGCAUGCAGUCCAGGUGCCACUACCUGGAUGGUGGCUGCCUCUCGUCUCCCAGAUGGACAAGUUUGUUGGUAGCUGAAAUAUUCUACCCGGACACCUUCCUGGAGGAGAAUCAAAACGGAAAACUUCCCAGUGCAGCUAGAGAACCCAUAGCCGGGUCACCGCCACCCGUACACGAUUUCCAAAAUUACCAGCAAUAUCUGCAAAAGCGUGCAGGCGAGAGUGAAGGCCGUAGCAGUCCUGGGUCGCAACAACAUUGCGAUGGCAUGGACGAAAUGGGAUGUUUCCAGGUACGACUUUAUUACGACUGGUUCCUGGUACCAGGAAGUUGCAAAUGCUGGCGACCGGAUUACUUCAAUCGUUACGUACGUCGCAGUUCCUCCAGUUCCAGUUCCGAAUUUUAAAUCUUACAUAGAUUGACUCGAGGAUACUAAACAACAAGUAUAGAAAGUCGCUAAACUAGCAUGUGUCAUUGUUCUGGUCGUACAUUAUUAGACGUACAAGUAACAGUACCGUGAAACACGUUAUGAAUAUGAUAGACGAUUCGCGCUUAUCGAAUGAAAAGGCGUUAAAAUUUUAAGAGAAGAUAAAAAUUGUAUUUAGCAA